ACCCUUCGAACACGAAACUGCAACAAUGCGAUGAUUCGAUCGCUGACAAGCGCGAAAACGUAUCGCAGAUAACAUUAUUAAGUAUUUUCAACGUGACUGCGCCGGUGUCUGUCAAAACCUAAAAUAAAAUGGGCGUGAAAAAAUAUUUUAAAAAGGAAUUCCAAUGGUCGAAUUUUGGUUUAGAAUACGAUAUCGCCCCUGAUUUUUAUUUAGGAUGCUGGCAGAGGAACAGAUCUUGUGUGCCGUUGUUGUGUUUGCGUGCGAUUCUGUGUGCCGGGAAUGUUGCUAUUGUGGUAGCGUCCUGGGCUUUGCUGGCUAAUGUGCUGAGCAGCCAUGGGUUCUGGUGGAUCUAUCUGACGCAUUGGGGAAUUGUGGCUAAUGCCUUGACUGCGACAUUUGCGUUUGCGAUAUCUCUUAAAGUUUACUUCAGUGGGCCUAUAGAGAGUACAUUUGGGCUGCCGUGGUAUAUAAAACUAUACUGGUUUCUGUUCAAUGCGUCAGUGCCGGUGGCUUUUAUGAUAACCCUAUUUUAUUGGACUUUCAUCAGUGGAGCAUUUGACAUUCCGGGAUUGAAUGUAACGCUGGAUGUGUUCGUCCACGGCAUCAACUCUGUGAUGAUGGUUUUGCUAUUGAUCUCCGCAAGGCACCCGACUCGCCUGCUGCAUUUCCACCAUACUGUGGGGUUCGGCAUAUUCUACCUCAUUUUCAACAUAAUCUACUACUAUGCUGGAGGACUGGAUCCGAACGGAAACGUGUGGGUAUACCCCAUGCUGGACUGGUCGAACCCCGGCCCCACGGUACUGGUGGUCGUUGGAGUGGCCAUCGGACUCAUCAUUCUGCACUGCGUAGUCGUCCUCAUCGCCCUGUGUAGGAACCACUUCAGUCGGCGGUUUAGGAAGGACAGAUCGUUCUCGGUUUCUGGAUGAAAGGAAGACUUUCAAUGUGUGUAUUUAUUUAGUUAAAUGAGUUAAGAAUGAAAGACUUAGUUAAAUUAAACACGUGCAUUUUUGUAAACUGUUA